CUUUCCUUGACUCGCACGAACACUGGUGAUAUUUAAACGACAGCUUUUGAUCACUGCCAAUACAAUACAUCGAUUUCAAGAAAGGCCCAGCAAUCCUUGAUACCCACACACACGAUAAAUCUCAUCUGAACUAAAACAGAACCAAGAUGACUUUAGAUAUCUUACAUUUUAUUGACAACAAGGGGGGGAGUGCGGAGGAGGUUCGGGAGUCGCAGAGGAAGAGAGGACAUUCGGUGGAACUUGUGGAUGAGAUUAUUCAGAUGUAUAGCGAUUGGGUAAAGAUGGACUUUGACGCGAAUAGUUUGAGUAAACAAGUGAAUGCGGUCCAAAAGGAGAUUUCGGCAAAGAAAAAGGCCAAAGAACCUGCAGACGACCUGGUAGCAAAGAAGAAAGACCUCGAUGCGCAGGUAGAAGCAAAACGAAAAGAGGCCAAAGAUUUCGAAAUGGAGAUGAGAAAGAAGGCCAGCACGGUUGGUAAUAUUGUUGGCAAGAAGGUUCCGGUCAGCUUGACAGAGGAUGAUAAUACCGUGCUUCGUACCUGGAAUCCAGCGGAUGAAACCGACGAACCACCAGUACGAGCAGAUAUCCUACCACACCAUGAAGUGCUGCUGAGACUGGACGCGAUGGACCUGGAGCGAGGUGCUAAGAUCGCAGGACAUCGAGGAUACUACCUAACCAACGAUGGUAUCGACCUCAAUCAAGCCCUCAUCGGGUAUGCUCUCGACUUUUUACGCAAAAAAGGAUACAAGAAGAUCCAACCACCAUUCAUGAUGAACAAGGAUUGGAUGGGAAAGACUGCUCAACUGGAUCAAUUUGACGAUGAACUGUAUAAAGUCAUUGCCUCGGAAGACGAAAAAUACCUUAUUGCCACUUCGGAGCAGCCUAUCUCGGCCUUCCACGCGGAUGACUGGCUUGAAAAGAGUCAGUUGCCCAUACGCUACGCCGGAUAUUCGACCUGUUUCCGAAAAGAAGCCGGUUCGGCUGGUAGAGAUAUGUGGGGGAUUUUCCGAGUUCACCAGUUCGAAAAGGUUGAACAAUUCAUCGUUGAUGACCCCGAGAAGAGCUGGGAGACGCUGGAGAACAUGGUCGCGAACAGCGAGGAAUUUUAUCAGAGCUUGGGACUGCGGUAUCAGGUUGUUGGCAUUGUCUCGGGUGCCUUGAAUCUGGCAGCAGCGAUGAAGUAUGAUUUGGAGGCGUGGUUCCCCUUCCAGAGAGCGUACAAGGAGUUGGUAUCGUGUUCGAAUUGCACCGAUUAUCAGGCUAGAAGGUUAGAAGUCCGAUGUGGUUUGAAAACCAAAGAUCAGACGCGGAAAGUCUAUUGCCAUAUGUUGAACGGUACUCUCUGCGCAACACAACGUGCGUUGUGCUGUUUGGUGGAGAAUUAUCAAACACCCGAGGGCGUUCGGAUACCCAAGGUCCUCCAGCCAUACAUGCAAGGCCGGGACUUCCUUCCCUUCGUCAAGGAACUGCCCAAGGGACUGGCCAAGAAGCAAGCAUAAGCUCGGGAUGGGGAUGAAAUGUAACUCUGUGUUCAUUAUGUGUAUUUAGCCAGCACAAGCGAGCAUUCAAACUCCACUUUGUCUGUG